CCCACAGAACGCUGAAGAUAGCCUACAAUACUUCUUCUUUUUCUUCUCAUAUUUUGUACUAUUUGUAGGUUAUUCUUAUAUUUCUUAUUCAAAUUGAAAUUUUUUGAUAAGCUUUCACCAAACUGAAAAAGAAAACCAUGUUGAAAAUGAUACACUUCCUUUUAGCUGCAAUAAAAACCAUCCUGGCCCUGAUGAUAUUUUUCGUCCUCACACUUUGCCUGAUAACACCACUGUACUACGUGUACUUGAAGAGAAAAUUCAAACAAGAAAGGCUGAAAAAACUACCCCAAAAGCUUCAAGUUGGGAUAUUUCAUCCAUACUGCAAUGCUGGAGGUGGAGGAGAAAAAGUCUUAUGGGUGGCAAUUCAGGCCCUACAGAAAAAGUACCCAAAGGCAGAGUUUUAUAUUUACACAGGGGACAUAGAAGCUACUUCCAUGGAGAUUCUUGAUAAAGUUAGAAAAAGACUCAAUGUAGAAGUACUUGACACUGUUAAAUUCAUAUACUUGCACAAGCGAAAGUGGGUGGAAGGAGAUAUGUAUCCAUAUUUCACACUUCUUGGACAAGCUUUAGGUUCUGUCUUUUUGGGUUAUGAAGCUUUAAAUCAACUAAACCCAGAUAUUUUUAUUGACACCACUGGUUUUACAUUCACUUUGCCCCUCUUCAAAUACAUUGGUGGAUGUAAGACUGGUUGUUAUAUACAUUAUCCUACUAUAACCAAUGAAAUGUUGAAGAGGGUAUCAAACAGACAAGCCAUUUACAAUAACAGUGGAGUGAUUGCUAGGAGUCCUAUACUCACUAUGGCCAAGUUGUUAUAUUAUCAUAUUUUUGCAUGGGCAUACUCCCUAGCAGGCCAAUGCUCCGACAUCACUCUAGUCAACUCCACCUUCACCAUGGAACACCUCAACGCCCUGUGGAACCGGCCUCUCCACCUCGUCUUCCCCCCCUGCGAAACCGACCAUUUGAAGAAGUUGUCUCGUCCCACCGUGAAAACCCCCAAGGUCCGCAUCAUGUCUUUAGCCCAAUUCCGGCCGGAAAAGGACCAUCCUUUGCAGCUGCAAGCCAUGUACGAGCUCAGGGAGAUCGUUCCUGAGGAGGUUUUCGGUAAUGUCAUGCUGGUGUUGUGUGGGAGUUGUCGCAAUGAAGAGGACAGAAGGCGAGUGAAGGACCUGCAGGAUUUUAGCAAACACCUGAGCCUCGAAAACAACGUCGAGUUCAAAGUGAACGUCCCUUACGAAGACCUGCUGGAGGAGUUCCAGAAAGCUAGCAUCGGAAUCCACACGAUGCUAGACGAGCAUUUCGGCAUCAGUGUGGUGGAGCAAAUGGCCGCGGGGUUGAUCGUGGUUGCUCACAGGUCCGGAGGCCCUUUGCUGGACAUAAUCGAGACCUCGGAAGGGUCCAGGCUGGGCUUCCUAGCGCAGACCGCGGACGAAUUCGCGCACAUCAUCAAGUUCAUUCUGCAGCUGAGCGAAGAGGAGGUGGGAGAAAUAAGGGAGAGGGCCAGAGCGUCAGUGGAUCGGUUCAGCAACAAGAAGUUCCAGGAGGAGUUCUUGAGAGCCGUCGAGCCGCUCUUCAAAUGACUACUAUUUUUUUAAUGACUGAAAAACCUUCUUUGUAGGCUUGAAAAGAAAUAUAUGUGAUAUUGCUUCCACAUUUGUUAUUUUUUGUGCCUUGUAAUGGAAUAUAAUCACGCCAUAAUAAUUGGCGUCAGUGAAUGCAAUAGGUCCAACAACAAGAAGAUCCAGAAGGAUUUUUUGAGAACCGUGGAGCAGCUCUUCAAAUAACUAUACUCUCCUUGUAAACGACUGUAAAACCUUCUGUGUAGGCAUUAAAAGGAUUCAAUGUGAUGUUGGUUCCA